UUGUUGACUAUCCAAAAUAAUGAUGAUGAUGAUAUUGGCAUUGUUGUUGAUCAUUUUAUCAUUGUGGACAGUAACAAUAAUCGAUUGUACUGUUGUCGAUGUGGCCACUUUAUCCAAUGAUGUUAUUACAGAAAUUGCUACAAUUAAUGAUGAUUCAAUCACUUGUGUAAAUCGAUUUUUAUUUUUUAUUCUUGUAAUUGGUGAUAUCGCAUCAAUAAUGACCAUUAGUUAUCUUGUAUUUGAUUGUAUUCGUUAUUUACGUAAAUCAAAAACUCGUCUAAGUAAAAAACCAUAUGAUAAUGUCAACAAAUCAUUGUCACCAUUUAAACAAGCAUUGGAAAAAAGAUUUGGUUCAAUCAAAUCAAAAUUGACACCUAAAGCAGCAGCAGCAGCAGCAGCAGCAGCAGCAAAAAGACUAAAACAAAAUCACCAAAGUCAAAAACAACAACAACAACAACAGCAGCAGCAACGACAUCAGCAAUAACUAUUUCAACAAGCGGUAAAACGGAAUCGACGAUAACACCUAUUCCUGCACCUACACCUACACCUACAACAGAAGCAACAGCAACUAUAAGUGAAAAAACGGAUAAAAUUGUCAUCCAUAUUCAUGAAACACCGAAAACAUCAACAUCUAUUGAACCAUCAACAACGGUGACAACAACAACUCAAACAGGAAAAAUUAAUGUACCUAUACCUAUUGCUGUUAAAAUAGCUCCACAACAACAACAACAACAACAACCGGAAAAGGCAACAAUUACUGUUAGCUUUAAAGAUGAUGAUAGAUUAAUCACUACUGCUAGUAGUGGUAGUGAAAUUAGCAAUGGUUUUAGU